AUGGAAAACAGAGAACCUGAACAGAAACGAGCUUGCAUGGAGCAGGUCGUCGGCCGGUUCCAUGACAUCGACUGGAGAUUUGUCUCUUCGAUCGCUGGCCAUCUGGGCCACGAUGCCGAGAAGAUCAUCGGCCACAUUCUCGAGCGACAGAACUUGGGGUAUCCCUACCCUAAAGAGCCAACUGAGAUCAGCCUCAUACUCAAGGAUAAUGGACCGACAGACGUCGGGAUGGAAGGGUGGAAGGAGAAGCAACGAGCUAACUUCCGACCCAGGGUGAAGAUGAUCGCCGGGGAUUUUCCCUAUGUCCCCAUGAAGAGCAUUAUGGAGAUUAUGUCCAACAACAAGAACCACCUCUACCCAUCCUACAUGGCAACCCUAGAGAUUGCUGCCAAGACUGUGUUUCAUGGCGCACCACUGCCAUGGACAUCUAAGCGGUACCCCUCCCCACUAGACAAGCGGUACGAGGAUGACAACAUUUUUGUCACUUUGGGGUCGACCCAAGAUCGUACUGAGGGCCACCUAAUCACAGAAUUGGCCUUGUGCAGGCUCUUGAGAAACCAGCAGAGUCUGAGACUAUCUUUUCUUCGUAUGCGGCGCCGAGACGCCAUUGGCCUUCAACAAGCCAUGGCAAGCGGCCAAGCUUCCGAGUGCGAGGGAUGCUUCACCGAGUACCCCAUGAUCCAGCUUAUCCAUUGUAAUGGAGAUCAACCCCAUCUGUUUUGCCCCAAGUGCUGCGCCACCAAUGCCGACAGCCAGAUUGCUCAGUCCAAGUACGAACUCCGUUGCAUUUCCACAGAGGAUUGCAGUGCCAGCUUCUCUGUCGGAGAGAGCUCAAAGUUCCUAAGCGCGGAACAAGUCAACGCAAUUGACCGUGCCAGAAAGGAGGCCGCCGUGGAGAAGGAUGACCAGCAGCAGUAA